UCUGUUACACACUUGAAAAACAAACCUGGCAACACUGAUCUGAGUAUACUUGAGAGAGACGCAGUAUGAAGUAACAACAACUACCAGUCUACCUCACCUGUUGUCUCCAGGAUUUUUUUCACAUUUCACGGUUUGUUGACGUGAGCUGACUACGGCGUCAGGAAUCAAGUCAGUCAUAUGCUGAAUCUGUAGGAUGCUACUACUUGUGGUUGUCCUCAAUUACAGCCACCAGUAACCCAUCCCUAUAAGGAGAAAUUGUAAUAAAUGACAUUAGAGUUAAGAAAUUAACGAGAGACUGCAAAACUCUGUGCAGCAUGGAGAGCUGCUAUCAGAGCAUCAUGUUGAGCUUAUUGAAGAAAGAAAUUGAAGCUAAGAAGCGGUCGCUUGCAGAAACCAAUGUUUUGGAGGGAAAGAAGUACUUUAAGAGAGGUGACUUGAGUGCACUCCAGGCAGAAGCUUACUGGCACAAGUGUGGAGUUAGGUUAGGUGACGGUAGCAGUGGACAAGGCGGAUUGUCUGCUAAUGGAGGUGAUUCUUCAGUAUCUCAAGAUUCAGUGAAUGAAGAUGUUGGUGAUGCUCCUGAGUUACCACGUGUGGAAGUUAUUCGCCGUCUACGGGAACGAGAAGAGCCUAUUUUGGUCUUUGGUGAGACUGAACAUGAUGCUUUCCGCAGACUGAGAAGACUAGAGAUAUUAGAGCCUGAAGUUAACAGAGGUCUAAGAAAUGAUUUUCAGGAGGCUCUUGAGCGUGUUGAUCAGGCAUACCUAAAUGAAAUUUUAAAGACAGAAGAUGGUGAAGGGGCUCGUAAUGUGGCCCUUUGUGGUGAAACCAUCACCAUGGAAAGUGUAAUUGAAAUGGCAAAAGACCUCAAUAAAGGCAAUGUUACAAAUGAAUUAAGCUGUAAAGUGAUAUUUAAGUUUGUACAACUUAUACUUCAGCUAUGGGGCAGUAAACACAAUGCAAGGCCUGAAGGUGAGAAAACGAGCGUCCGAGGAAAGAUGGACUCGGCUACUUACACACAGACACAGGCAUACCUUAAGCCACUCAUCAAAUGUCUCAAGAAACGCUCCUUACCAGACGACAUCAUGGAGUGUCUGGUAGAAAUUGUUCAACACUGUUUAGUAAGAGAUUAUGUCAAAGCCAAUGAUGCUUAUUUACAGAUGGCUAUUGGAAAUGCUCCUUGGCCUAUUGGUGUCACCAUGGUUGGUAUCCAUGCACGUACUGGACGUGAAAAGAUUUUCAGUAAGCAUGUGGCCCAUGUCCUGAAUGAUGAGACACAGCGUAAGUACAUCCAGGGUUUAAAGCGCCUUAUGACAAAAUGUCAACAGUACUUUCCUACAGAUCCUUCCAGAUGUGUGGAGUAUCAGGCAGUAGCUCAGUAGCUAUGCCUGAUGUCACAUCCAAGAUUUGUGUUUGUAGGAUUCUCCUUUUAAUGGCUACGUCUAAAUAAAAGAAUUGUAUAAUUUCAAUGGUCUGACCAGCCUUAUUGUUGAGUUGUUAAACUUAUAGGAUUUUCCAUAAAACAAUUAUUAAUUUAUGGUUUGUGGUCAUUCAUGAAGAUCAUUAUAUGAAAAUCCUUAAGAAGUGAUAGGUACCUUAGAAAAUCAUCAUCAUCACUCUUUUAUGGCCAUUAUCCGUGCUUUUGUGGCUUAGCCAUGAUUACCUUACGGUGUCCUGGUUGCCAUCUAGCAAAUUUGAAGCACGCUUUACAGCUGAAUGAUCCUCCAGUCUCCAUUCAACUUUUACAGUGUGAGAACUUGGCAUUAUAUGCAUCUAUGAUACCUAUACUGCACUAGCUCAUAAGAUAAACUUAAGAAUAAAGUAAAUUAAAAUUUUCAUAACUGACGAA